UGACAACAUCUCGCGCUCGGAGCGAACAGACGCGCUUUCCUGUCACUGUGGAUGUACUCGAGGAUGAACUGAAAAUUGUUUGUGUUUCUACCUGUCGAGGAGGAAAACAUAAUAUCGGCUCUAUGAAAAAACCCACGUGGAUUUGUACAACAACUUUUAACCAGAAGGAAUGCAUAUUUUCUUUGUGAAACUUAGCUUUUUGUUGUCGCUGAUAGGACUAACACGAGGCCUAAGAUGCUCCAUGACAGCUGAGUUGUGUUUGAACAAGGGGAGAUGUGAAGCAACUCCAGAUGGGAAUGAAGAGUGCAAGUGCCCAGAUGGAUACUUAGGAAACAGGUGCCAGUUUCAGGACCCGUGCAUAACCUCGACAUGCAUGAAUGGCGGCACGUGUCACCCCGUGUUCAAAGGGGGGACUGUGGACUUCAAUUGCACCUGCAGACCAGGAUACAGUGACCGCCUCUGCCAGGUGCCCAUCAGCAAUGUCUGCAUCAACUCGCCGUGUCGCAACGGAGGCACCUGUGAGCAUGAGAGUCCCCAGACGUACAAGUGCCACUGCCCACCUGGAUGGUCAGGUAAACUGUGCCAACAAGCCGACCCCUGUGCCUCAAAUCCAUGUGCCAGUGGUGGUAAGUGCUCUGCCAUUGAGUCCCACUACAUCUGUGCCUGCACACCAUUCUUCUCUGGAAAGACCUGCAAACAGGAUGUCAAUGAGUGCGACGCAAACCCGUCACCCUGCAAAAACGGUGGCGUGUGCAUCAACGAGGUGGGCGGGUAUCAGUGCCAGUGUCCACCAGAGUACACGGGCAAGCACUGCGAGAGCCGCUACCUGCCCUGCAACCCAUCACCCUGUCAUAAUGGAGGCACCUGCAUCCAGAAGGGAGAGACCAUCUACGAGUGCUCCUGUGUGCCAGGUUUUACUGGUAAAAACUGCAACCACAACAUUGAUGACUGUCCAAGUCAUGAGUGCCAGAAUGGAGGAACCUGUGUUGAUGGUGUCAACACCUACAACUGCCAGUGUAGGCCAGAGUUUACAGGCCAGCUCUGCACAGAGGAUGUUGACGAGUGCCAGCUGAUGCCCAACGCCUGUCAAAAUGGCGGCACAUGCCACAACACCUACGGCAGCUACCAAUGUGUGUGUGUGAAUGGCUGGACUGGGGACGACUGCAGUGAGAACAUCGAUGACUGUGCCAGUGCUGCAUGCCACCACGGAUCCACCUGUCACGACCGUGUAGCUUCAUUUUACUGCGAAUGCCUCCAUGGCCGCACAGGUCUGCUGUGCCAGCUGGACGAUGCCUGCAUCAGCAACCCGUGUCAGAAGGGCUCUAACUGUGACACCAACCCUGUCAGCGGAAACCAUUUUUGCACCUGCCCCUCGGGGUACUUUGGUGCUUCCUGUGAUCAGGAUGUCGACGAGUGUGCACUGGGUUCCAACCCGUGUGAGCAUGCAGGCAAGUGUAUAAACACCAUGGGUUCCUUCCAGUGUAAGUGCCAGCGAGGUUACGUGGGGCCGCGCUGCGAGCUGGACAUCAACGAGUGCAUGUCGAGCCCUUGUAUGAAUGAGGCCACCUGCCUGGACCAGAUAGGAGACUUCCAAUGUAUCUGCAUGCCAGGCUACAAGGGGGAGUUUUGUGAGAUCGAUACAGACGAGUGCGCCAACAGCCCCUGUCUGAACAACGGCAAGUGUAUCGACAAGAUCAACUCCUUCCACUGCCAGUGCCCCACAGGCUUCGCUGGAAACCUCUGCCAGACAGACUUCGAUGAGUGCGCCAGCACGCCAUGCAAAAAUGGCGCCAAGUGCACAGAUGGGCCCAACAAGUAUACAUGCGAGUGCACUGAAGGUUACACCGGAAAGCACUGUGAGACAGACAUCAAUGAGUGUUACUCAGACCCCUGCCACUAUGGGACCUGCAUCGAUGGCCUGGCCUCCUUCAGCUGCCAGUGCAAACUUGGAUACACCGGCCGGCUGUGUGAGACCAACAUUAACGAAUGUUUGAGCCAGCCGUGCAGGAAUGGGGGCACUUGCCAGGACCGAGAGAACGGUUACAUCUGCAGCUGCCCCAAGGGCACCACAGGAAACUACUGUGAAAUCAACAUUGAUGACUGCAAGAGCAAUCCCUGUGACUAUGGGACCUGCAUCGAUAAGAUCAAUGGCUACGAGUGUGCCUGUGAACCCGGCUACACUGGUACCAUGUGUAACAUUAACAUCGACGAGUGUGCAAUCAACCCUUGCCACAAUGGCGGCACCUGUAUCGAUGGCAUCAACAGCUUCACCUGUGUGUGCCCAGAAGGUUACCAUGAUGAAACCUGCUUCUCCCAGGUCAACGAGUGCCUCAGCAAUCCUUGCAUCCAUGGCCACUGUGAAGACAAGAUCAGUGGCUAUAAAUGCCUGUGUGACUCUGGCUGGAGCGGUAAAAACUGUGACAUCAACAACAACGAGUGUGAGUCCAACCCGUGCAUGAACGGAGGCACCUGCAAGGAUAUGACCAGCGGCUACGUCUGCACCUGUUGCAUGGGCUUCACUGGACCGAACUGCCAGACCAACAUCAAUGAAUGCGCCUCCAACCCCUGCCUCAACCAGGGGACGUGCAUUGACGAUGUUGCAGGGUACAAGUGCAACUGUAUUCUGCCUUACACAGGAGAGAACUGUGACACCUUGAUGGCCCCAUGCAGCUCCAAACCCUGCAAGCAUGGAGGAGUGUGUCAGGAGUCAGAGGACUAUCAGAGCUUCUCCUGCAUCUGUCCUGAAGGAUGGCAAGGCCAAACCUGUGAGGUGGACAUCAAAGAGUGUGUGAAGAAUCCAUGUCGCAAUGGAGCAACCUGCCAGAACACUUUGGGCAGUUACCACUGUGGCUGCAAACCAGGCUUCACUGGACGCAACUGUGAAACCAACAUCGAUGACUGCAAACCUAAUCCUUGCAGUAAUGGAGGGCUCUGCAAAGACGAGGUGAACGGCUUCUUGUGCACCUGCCUGCCCGGCUUCAGAGGAACAAAGUGUGAGGAGGACAUCAACGAGUGUGAGAGCAACCCGUGUAAGAACGGAGCCAACUGCACCGACUGUGUUAACAGCUACACCUGUACCUGCCCGUCCGGCUUCAGUGGAAUCCACUGUGAAAAUAACACUCCUGACUGCACUGAGAGCUCUUGCUUCAAUGGUGGCACCUGCGUAGACGGCAUCAACACCUUCACAUGUUUAUGCCCACCCGGCUUCACUGGGAGCUACUGCCAGCAUGACAUCAACGAGUGUGACUCCAAACCGUGUGAGAACGGUGGCACCUGCCAGGACAGCUACGGCACCUUCAAGUGUACCUGCCCACAUGGUUACACCGGACUCAAAUGUCAGGACUUGGUUCGUUGGUGCGACUCGUCACCUUGUAAGAAUGGGGGAACCUGCUGGCAGAGAAACACCACCUACAGCUGUGAGUGUGAGACUGGCUGGACAGGCCUUUACUGUGAUGUCCCCAGUGUUUCCUGUGAGGUGGCAGCCAAACAGAGAGGAGUCGAUGUUGCCAGUCUGUGCCAUAACUCGGGCCAGUGUCUGGACGCAGGAAAUGUGCACUACUGCCACUGUCAGGUCGGGUAUACUGGGAGCUACUGUGAGGAGCAGGUAGACGAAUGCACCCCGAAUCCCUGCCAGAACGGGGCCACCUGCACUGACUUUUUAGGCGGAUACACCUGCAAGUGCAUGCCAGGAUACGUGGGGACCAACUGCUCUGAUGAGAUCAAUGAAUGCUUCUCCCAGCCGUGCCAGAACGGGGGCACCUGCAUUGACCUGAUCAAUACCUACAAAUGCUCCUGCCCCCGGGGAACCCAAGGUGUGCACUGCGAGAUCAAUAUUGAUGACUGCAACCCCUUCAUGGACCCAGUCACCAAAGAGCCAAAGUGUUUCAACAAAGGGACAUGUGUGGAUCGAGUUGGCGGGUACCACUGCAUCUGCCCUGCAGGAUACGUAGGGGAGCGCUGCGAGGGAGACGUCAAUGAGUGUCUGUCCAACCCCUGUGACCCGCGGGGCACGCACAGCUGCAUCCAACUCACCAACAACUACAGCUGCGAGUGUCGUGCUGGAUACACAGGUCAACACUGUGACAUGGUGUUUGAUGGCUGUAAGGGUAAACCGUGUCGUAAUGGAGGAACCUGUGCUGUAGCCAGUAACACGCCACAUGGCUUCAUCUGCAAAUGUCCUCCUGGAUUUACUGGCUCCACAUGUGAAUAUGAUGCCCAGGCCUGCGGCAGUCUUCACUGUCACAAUGGAGGCACCUGCAUCUCUGGCCACAAGACUCCCAAGUGCUUGUGCACCCCGUCAUUCACUGGGCCAGAGUGCCAGUAUCCCACUGACAACCCCUGCAAUUCAAACCCCUGCUACAACAAAGGAACAUGUGAAUACACCUCAGAGGCACCGUACUACCACUGUAUCUGCCCCACAAAUUUCAAUGGUCUCCGCUGCCACAUCUUGGAUUACAGCUUUCCGGGAGGAAUCGGCUGCAACAUCCCGCCACCCUCGGACGUGGAGGUGACUUGUGAGAUCCCGCAAUGUGAGGAGCGUAAGCACAACAAGUACUGUGAUGUGCUUUGUAACAAUCAUGCGUGCGGUUGGGAUAACGGUGACUGCUCACUCAACUUCAACGAUCCGUGGAAAAACUGCUCGGCCUCACUUCAGUGCUGGAGAUACUUCAACAAUGGAAAAUGUGAUUCACAGUGUGAUAAUGCUGGAUGCCUCUACGAUGGGUUUGACUGCCAAAACCUGGAAGGACAGUGCAACCCUCUCUAUGACCAGUACUGCAAGGACCACUAUGCCGAUGGCCAUUGCGACCAAGGCUGCAACAAUGCUGAGUGCGAGUGGGAUGGCUUGGACUGUGCCAAUAACAUGCCUGAGAAGCUUGCACUGGGCCAGUUGGUCCUUGUGGUCCACAUCACCCCUGAGCAGCUACUCAACAACUCCUUUGGCUUCCUGCGUGAGUUGAGUCGUGUCCUUCGAACCAAUGUGGUAUUCAGGAAGAACGCCAAGGGGGAGGUGAUGAUAUACCCGUACUAUGGGAAUGAACAUGAACUGAAAAAGUACAAUGUCAAGCGCUCUGUGGACACGUGGUCAGAGGUUCCUGGAAAGGUGCUGAACAUGGUGAAGAGGAGUCUGCGUGAGGUGGGAGGGGGGAGGAGGAGGACUAGGAGAGAACUGGAUCACCUGCAGAUAAAAGGCUCAAUUGUCCACAUGGAGGUGGACAACCGUCAGUGCUUCCAGCAGUCCACUGAGUGUUUCCAGAACGCAGAUGAUGCCGCAGCCUUCCUCGGAGCUUUGGCCUCCAGUGGCAAAUUGGAUGUUCCUUACACCAUUGAAGCUGUUUUUAGCGGUGUGGACCCCAAGCCUCCACAGGACUUCUACACUAUCUAUUUGGUCCUGGGCGGCAUAGGGAUACUGGUCUUCCUUGGAGUGGGGAUGGUGGCUGCCCGAAAGCGGCGCCAUGAGCAUGGGCGCCUCUGGCUCCCCGAAGGCUUCAAAACCACAGAAUCCAGCAAGAAGAAGAGACGUGAGCCUGUCGGAGAGGAUUCAGUCAGAUUAAAGCCACUGAAAAACACCUCAGACAUUUCACUCAUGGAUGACACCCAGAAUGAAUGGGGAGAAGAUGAGCCUUCGGAUGCUAAACGCUUCAGGUUUGAUGAGCAGGCUAUAUUAGAUGUGGACAACCAGACAGACCACCGGCAGUGGACGCAGCAGCACCUGGAUGCCGCUGACCUGCGCAUCCCCUCCAUUGCUCCUACACCCCCACAGGGCGAGAUUGAGAGUGACUGCAUGGAUGUCAAGGGUCCAGAUGGAUUCACACCCCUGAUGAUUGCAUCCUGCAGUGGGGGAGGUUUAGAAACAGGCAACAGUGAGGAAGAGGAGGACGCUUCUGCCAAUGUGAUCAAUGACUUCAUCUACCAUGGUGCUAACCUUCAUAAUCAGACCGACCGUACAGGUGAAACNNCUCUUCCCCUGGCUGCCCGCUACGCUCGCUCUGAUGCUGCCAAACGUUUGCUGGAGGCUAGUGCUGAUGCCAACAUCCAGGACAACAUGGGCAGGACGCCCCUGCAUGCUGCUGUGGCAGCUGAUGCCCAGGGGGUCUUCCAGAUUCUGAUAAGGAACCGCGCCACAGACCUGGAUGCCCGCAUGCAUGAUGGCACUACACCCCUGAUCUUGGCAGCGAGACUAGCAGCGGAGGGCAUGGUUGUGGAGCUCAUUAACUGUCAUGCUGAUGUCAAUGCAAUCGAUGAUUUCGGUAAAUCAGCCCUUCACUGGGCUGCAGCAGUAAAUAAUGUGGAGGCUGCUAUUGUGCUACUCAAAAAUGGUGCCAACAAAGACAUGCAGAACAAUAAGGAGGAAACUCCUCUAUUCUUGGCUGCCAGGGAAGGAAGCUACGAGACUGCCAAGGUCUUACUGGACCACUUUGCCAACAGAGAAAUAACUGACCACAUGGACCGGCUACCCAGAGACAUCGCACAGGAGAGAAUGCAUCAUGACAUUGUGCGGCUGUUGGACGAGUACAACCUGGUACGAAGUCCUCCCAUGCAUGGAGGGUCACUAGGCACCACAUUGUCACCCCCACUUUGUUCACCCAAUGGCUACCUGGGCAGCAUGAAGCAGCCCCAGCCUCAAGGUCAAGGCCAGGGAAAAAAACCACGUAAGCCCAGCACCAAGGGCAUCGGCUGCAAGGAGGGCAAAGACAUGAAGGUGAAAAAGAAGAAUUCCCAGGAUGGAAAGUCUGGUAGCCUCAUGGACAGCUCAGCUGUUCUGUCACCAGUGGACUCAUUGGAGUCUCCACAUGGCUAUGUCUCUGAUGUGGCUUCACCACCCAUGAUGACCUCACCUUUCCAGCAGUCGUCAUCUGUAUCCCUAAACCAUCUGCAGGGGAUGUCUGACCCACACCUGGCUGUAAACCACAUGGUGAUACCCACCAAACAGGAGCUGGCUCGAAUGCAGUUUGACCCACUGCCUCCUCGUCUUACCCAUCUGCCCCUGUCUGGCUCCAGUGGCCAGAGUGCCAUGAACGGCCAGUGUGAUUGGCUUUCCAGGGUGCAUGGCAGCAUGAGCCAGCCAGGCCAGUUCAAUCCCAUGAGAGGAGCUCCUGGUGGGCAGGGAGGUCUGCACCAGGGAGGGCAGCAUGGGAUGAUGACCUCUCUCCACAACAGCCACCCCACCACCAGUCUGUCUCAGAUGAUGACCUACCAGGGAAUCCAGAACACCAGACUGGGUCCACAGCCCCACAUCAUCCAGCAGCAGGCCCAACAGAUGCAGCAGAUGCAGAACCUGCAGCAGCUUCAACAACAGCAGCAGCAGCAACAACAGCAGCAGAGCAUCCAGCUGCAGCACCAGAGCUCAAACACCACCAACAGCCAGAACUUCAUCAGUGGUGAGCUGAGUUCCCCAGAGCUCCAGCAGGGCACAGGCACCUCCAGCAUGCCCAUCCACACCAUCCUACCACCGGAAACCCAGAUUAUGCCUUCCUCCAUCAACCAGUCAAUGCCCAGCACUCAGUUCCUCACCCCACCCUCUCAGCACAGUUAUUCAGGCCCCAUGGACAACACCCCAAACCAUCAGGUCCAGGUGCCUGACCACCCAUUUCUGACACCCUCCCCUGGCUCCCCUGAUCAGUGGUCAAGUUCAUCUCCUCAUUCCAACAUGUCUGACUGGUCUGAGGGCAUUUCAAGUCCACCAACAAAUAUGCAGUCUCAGAUUGGACAUAUACCUGAACAGUUUAAAUGAAACGCUUGUAUCAUUAUGCUCAGAUGAGAUGCUGUAUAUAUAUAUUUUCUUUUUCAGAAAAAGGCACUCCCUGGUAGGCUACUGGUUAAGGCACAGCACUCUCGCUGCGGCGCCCUGGGUUCGAAUCCAGGUUACGUCCAAAAGGGCAUCUGGCGUAAAACACGCCAAAUGUCAAAACGCGAGUCGUCAGUGUGACGAUUCGCUGUGGUGACCCCUAAAUGGGAAAAGCCAAAAGUGACUGACCUUCUUUUUUAGAAAAAGGCACUCUGUGGAAAAAAGAAAAGAAAAAGGGCAAAGCUGUAAACAAGAUUUAAUAAGACCUUUUAUAUCCGUUUUAUACUAACAGCAACACCUGUGUUUCAUCCAUUCUUUUUAUUUAUUAAUGUCUUAUUUAUAUGCAUUGCCUGCUUACAGUACAUACAGUUUGGUGGUGUUGGGUCAUACACACGAGAGACAAGUUAGAGAGACUUUUGAUUUAGUACUUUUCUGCAGUGAAGUCAGCAUACACACUGGGUAUUUAUUUUCUUAAGGACCCUUAGUCUUUGCUUUUUUCAUAUGAUUUUUCAAUCUGUGUUUAUAUUUUGUUAUUUUAUGUAUAAUCUUGUUUAUAAAGAAAAUCCUGAUCAAGGUGCAUUUCCUAGAGCACAUUUUAAGUUUCAGUGUAAUUUCAGUUUGUUGUAAGUGUGAAAAAUACAGUAUUUUAGUCACUCGAUGGUAAACGGAUUGUGAAUGUUAACAGAACACCUCCUGUAUCCUAUGCAGGUUCUUUCAAUUUUUUUUAAACAUCAUGUGAAUUUUUAGUUACACUUUCUAGAUUUGUAUACGGUUCUUGAAUCAGUCAAAGAACAUUAUGUUGUACCACUACAUUUUAUUACAUUCAUAUGUAAAGAUGUGGUGGAGGUGUGAAAUGUUGUACAGUGUACAGCCUUCUUGGAGACUGGCAGUUAAGACAGGCUUGAGUCUCUGUUCGUCCUGUGCUGUUGAGAACCUGGCCCGUCGGCCACAAUGUAUGUUGUUGUCGAGAGGGAAAAGGAAACUUCAUUUCCCCUCUCCCUCCUAUUAGUUUGAGCCUAUGGCUAAGUUCAUCCUUUUGUAAAUAUGUCAUGCAUUUUCCUUGUAAUCAAGAUUUUGUUCAAGAAAUCUGAUGUCUUAAGCAUGUAGUUUGAUAGAUCUGACACCAAGUCAACAGCCUCUAAAAUGCCAAACAGAACAGGAUAUAUAUUUAGUAUUUUACUGUCCUAUUAAUGCAUAAAUCAAUUUGAACUAUACACACUUAGAUGCAGUAAAUUGUUAGGUGACAUUUGUCUCAUAAAAAAGAAAAUAGAUAUUUUAUAAAUUUAUAUUUAUUUACUGUUCUGUCACACAGAAAUUCACUGAGGCAGCCCUUGGUGUAUGUUAUGAAAGGUUUUUGUUAAAAUGAAUAAACUGUUGGCUGAGUCCUCAGUUGUGUCCACUAAUGCUUU